AUGGAAAUUGGCGAGCUGGCCUAUCACGGCCAUCCGACUAACACCACUUUCGGCAGCAGGCUAGACUGCGUCAGUACUCUGGCGCGGCGCAGCAGCGAGGUUGUCCCCUGCCCUGCGUACCGCGUCGCGUCUCAGACGAGGGCCGCUCCAGGCAACACUUUUCAAUCCGUCGCUGAUUCGCCUGCUCGACUGUUGUCAGACGCAUCCCUGGUCAGUGGCUUCUAUGCACAGCCCAGGACGCAUAUUUGCCAUACGUACGACCAUGCACCUGUCCUACCGAGAAGCAGAUCAAUUUUCGUACCAAGACCAAUCACAAUGUUCAGCUUCCGGCAUGCCCCCGUCGCCAAGGCCCGUAAUUGCAUGCCGUGUCGGAACCUGAAGACGCCGAAGUUGUGGCACUGGUGGGUCAAGUGCGACAGCGCCGAGCCGGGCCCAACGGAGCACUUCGACAGUACGCACAUUUAG